UUACACACACCCUUCUCUUUCAUGCGAUAUUCACAUUGAGACACGACAGAGAACAGAGAGAGAGAGAGAGUUUGAUGAGCUGAAGAAGACAGCGGCGGGCGUUGAAAAAACUAAGCUUCUUAUCGUUGCAUGCUUUGAUUGCUUUCUAGAGAUCCAGAGAGAGCGCAUUGAACGAGUUGCAGUUAGUUAAUGAUGAGCUGGAAUUCGCAGAUGGAAUUUCAAUACACAGACACAACCUUGCCUUAUGACUCAAUUGGAAGCUUCAUGGAUUUCUUUGGAGGGAUAGCUUAUGACCAUUUGAACUAUAUCUUUGCUGAUGUUCCAUAUGCUCAGGAGAACUCUUCUGUUAAUACCAAUAUGUACAAAUUUGGGUUCUCUGAACCUGAAAGUUUCUCUUAUUAUGAUUAUAGUCCUAGCUAUUCUGUGAGUCGUCAAGUUUGUGGAAAUGAGGGACAAGAUUGUCAUUUUGAAAACUCUCAAACACUUGCUGAUAAUGAUGUAGUAGCAGCAAAUAUGCAUCAAGAAGACAAUUCAAUCUCCACCCCGCAUGCUAAUUCUGUGGAGUGUUCUCGAGUUUAUCAGAAUACUUGUGAUAAUGAGGUUGUUUGGCAAGACAAUAUUGAUCCUGACCACAUGACCUAUGAGGAACUACUCGAAUUGGGAGAGGCAGUUGGGACACAAAGCAGAGGCCUUUCUCAAGACCUUAUCUCUUUACUUCCAGUCACAAAGUUCAAGUGUGGCUUAUUUUCAAGAAAGAGAUCAAGAAAAGAAAGGUGUGUAAUCUGCCAGAUGGAAUACAAACGAGGUGACCGACAAAUCACUCUUCCAUGCAAACACGCGUAUCAUACUAGUUGUGGCAGCAAGUGGCUAAGCAUCAACAAAGCAUGCCCGGUCUGUUACACAGAGGUGGUGGUUGUUGAUGCAUCAAAGAGGUGAAGCUUUUUUGUUAAUCCAUCAGCAUAGGGGCGGGGUACCAACUUCAAACGUCUCGCCUUGUCUUUGUUCAAGCUAAGGUUAUGAACAGUUUUGCUCCUUCCUUUUCCUUUGGUGCAGAAUGUAGAAUGUGAAACCAAUUCAACCAGCAUUUUGAAUUAAAGGAGUUUAAUUUGUUGGAGCUUGCAUGCACCACAGACUAUAUUGCUCCACAUUUUCAAUAUUUCACCUAUAUAUAUGACCAGAUAACUUUAGGGGUUCGUGUGAUUGGACUAGCGAUCCUUUCCUUCCAAUCCCGUCUGGUUCGUAUGAUAUAUAACCAGAGAAACAAGAUUUUCUGCAUUUAAUUUGUACUUAUCUGAUAUGUGGACAAGCUGUUUGAAAUUAAUUGAAGAUUCACUUGUUUGCUGAA